CUCAUUUUCGCAUUCAAAAGGGUGAGAGAUGAAAGAUACAGAAACCAGAGAGAGAUAGAGAAACGCCUUUCUCUCUCAAAAAUAAAAAAUCAAAUAAAAAAAAAACAGUAUUUGCUAUAUUCGCGUAUACAUCUUUGUUGAUACCGGAUCCUGUUAAGCUAUAGCGCCAUGGCUACCGACACCUUCACCGACAGAAACGCCAUUUUCCGCAAGCUCAGAGCCAAGUCCGAUAAUAAGAUGUGUUUCGAUUGCAACGCGAAGAAUCCGACUUGGGCGUCGGUUACGUAUGGGAUCUUCCUCUGCAUUGAUUGUUCGGGGGUUCAUCGAAGCCUUGGCGUGCACAUCAGCUUCGUAAGGUCAACAAAUAUGGAUUCUUGGACACCUGAGCAGUUGAAGAUGAUGUUAUUUGGCGGAAAUAACCGUGCUCAAGUUUUUUUCAAGCAGCAUGGAUGGAGUGAUGGAGGCAAGAUUGAGGCCAAAUAUACCUCAAGAGCUGCUGAGUUAUACAAGCAAUUACUUGCUAAAGAAGUUGCAAAAAACAAUGCAGAAGAGUCAGGCUUACCUUCCUCACCCGUUGCUUCCCAGUCAUCCCAACCUUCUAAUGGAUUUUCUGAUGUAAAAGUUGCUGAAGAGUCCAAUGGAAAUUCUUCAAAUGACACAUUGAAAGAAAGACAAUCUCUAAAAAAUGGAACACCAGAGUCUUCUUCUUCUUCACCCAGGGCCUCUCAAGCAGUUGCAACAAUUUAUGUCAAGAAGACUCUCGGUGCAAAGAAAGCUGGGAAGACUGGUGGACUAGGGGCGAAGAAACUUACUAGCAAGCCUAGUGAAAGCCUUUACGAUCAGAAGCCUGAAGAACCUCCUGUACAAGUUUCUUCUACCAAAUCUGCAACCAGCAGCACUCCUGCAGUUGGUGCAUCAUUUACAUCUCGAUUUGAGUAUACUGAAAAUAGCCAACCUACUGAGCUGAGUUCUGGAGGCACUCGUAUUAUUAACCAUGUAUCAGCCCCAAAGUCAUCCAAUUUCUUUGCUGAAUACGGCAUGGACAACGGCUUCCCUAAGAAAAGUGGGUCAAAUUCAUUAAAAGUCCAAGUUGAAGAGACCGACGAAGCGAGGAAGAAAUUUUCUAAUGCAAAAUCUAUAUCAUCUGCCCAGUACUUUGGUAAUCAAACCAAGGCUAAUGAUUUAGAGGCAUCAGCUACAUUGGAGAAAUUCUCAGGGUCAUCGUCAAUUUCUAGUGCUGAUCUGUUUGGUCAGGAGUCAGGCUCUCCUGUUGACGUUUCUGCGAGUGAGCUUAUUAAUAAGCUGUCUUUCCAGGCACAACAAGAUAUCUCCUCUCUAAAGAAUAUUGCAGGAGAAACCGGGAAGAAGAUAAGCUCCCUUGCAUCAUCGUUACUAACGGAUCUGCAAGACAGGGUCCUCUGAUAGAGUACAAUGUAUGUACAUGAAAAAUGAGUUAGUUCCAUAUAAUGGAGUAUCUAGUUAAAAUGUAAAGAGAGCAUAAUUUUGAAAAGCUGGGUCAUGCCCUUGCUAGCUUGAGAUAGGUUGGCUUCGACAAUGCUAAAUGCUAUGUUGGGUUAAUGUGGUUAAAUUACUUUAUUUUUUAA